GGGGCUAGUUUGCACAGCCUGCCCAGGUAGCACGUUUCACUGUUGGGUGUAUAAAUCAUAGCCUUUUCUUUUCAAUCACAGAGAAGAACAAAAGCAGAGACCGCUUGUGGCUUCAUCUUCUCUGGCGUUGUUCUUGGCGGAUUACCGUGGGUUCAUUCGUUUGGUAUUAUUGUUUUGGUGUUGUCCUCGCUGGUUCUGCUAUAUUGCGCCUUGUGCUUAUCGCUCCUUUCUCCUUCGCCGGCAGCCUCGUCGUCGCAUUCCUUUGUGUUUCACAAACACAUGCAUCGCCCGUUGAUGUCUCUUUACCCACGACUGAUCAGCAACAACCUUACCGUUAUCUUCUUGGUUUUCUUUUAAUAAGUCAAGGCGGGUUUUUUCUUAUUGGCCGAAUCCGUGAAGGAGUGGCCUGCUUUUUGACGGAGGAAAAAUAGUGAGGAGCUGUUGCAGCGUGCGGGAACUCAGGAAACACCAACACACAGACAUCAACCCAAAGAGAUGUUGGCACGCAGGCGAAAUGCAGCACAGAGACGCGGCCCGGCAGCCGCCACCGGCGCUGGUGCGGGCACCCCGGCUACCACUACCACCACCAGCGGCGCCAAUACCACCACCUCUCUCGCAAACGCUGCCGGCGGCGGCAACAGUAGCAGUCAGGGCUACGAGGCGCAGGCCUCCGCCGCGCUCGAAGAGGUCAUCGCAGAACGCGUGGCGGCCUUCGCCGCAUGCGAACUGCCCUCGCUGGUGAACGACGAUGCGAUGGAGGAGGCGAGCGGAGGCGGCGUCGGCACCGCAGAGGAUGUAACUCUGGUCGAGGGCACAACCCGCUACCGGGUGCGCAUCACCCAGGCGGUCCUUCUCAUGUACCUACACAUCGGCAGCGACCCGCCCGACUUCCCACGCGUUGAGCCGUGCGCCAAGAUGGAGUGCUGGGUCGAUCCGAUGGUGGCGCACGUAGCGCAGAGCGCCCACCGGGGCGGGCGCAGCAGCGGGAGCGGCGGCGGUGGCGGCAGCGACAGCAUCGCCGAGCUGCUCGAGCGGCAGUACCGCAGUGUGCUGCGCGAGGACGUGAAUGUGAUGCGAGUGGUGGAGGCCAGCCUAGAUGUGUCGCGUGGGGCCCUCGUGAAGAGCCGGCGAAUGGCGCGGGAUGGACGCAUUUUGAUCCACUACAACGGGCACGGCAUGCCCCGUGCGACGGAGCUGGGUGAGGUGUGGAUGUUCGACAAGGAGCGGACGCACUACGUGCCGCUGAACAUCACCGAGAUGGCGGAGUUGGCGGACACGCCAGCGAUUUACAUCUUCGACUGCAACUCCGCCGGCUCGCUGCUGCAGCGGUGGUGCAAGGAGCGGCUGCAGGAGCGACGGCAGCAUGACCUGUUUAUCUGCGCCUGCAGUGCGGGGGAGACGCUCCCGCUAAGCCCGGCGCUGCCCGCAGACCUGCUCACCUCCUGCCUGACGACGCCGCUGAAGAUGGCGCUGGAGUGGUACAUCGGGUUCUCCUUCCACGCCCUGCUGCUGCCACACGUGACGACGGAGAUGCUCCGCAACAUCCCCGGCGACAACAACGACCGCAAGUCGCCACGCGGGGAACUGAACUGGAUCCUCAGCGCGGUCACCGACACCAUCGCGUGGUGCACGCUGCCGCCGGCACAGUUUCACUACCUGUUCCGCCAGGACACGGCGGUGAAGGGGUUAUUCCGUAACUGCAUUCUGGCGGACCGGCUGCUGCGGGAGUCGGGCUGCACCCCGGUCACCUACCCGGCUCUCUCCGAGGAAACCCACCUGCACUCCAUGUGGGAGGUAUGGGAGUACACGGUCGACAAGUGCGUGAGCCAGCUGCCGCGGUUGUUGGCAGCAGGCGACGGCGCCGCGGCCGCCUACGAGCCCUCCACGUUCUUUGGCGACCAGCUGACCGCGUUUGAGGUGUGGGUGGAGUCGGGGGACAUGUCGGAGGUGCCGGAGCAGCUGCCCUGUGUGCUGCUGGCCCUGACACAGGUGCUCUACCGAGUGCGUGCCUUCACGUUGUUGGCGAAGUAUCUCGACUCCGGCCGCACAGCCGGCAAGCGUGCCAUCCUGUGCGGCAUUCUGCCCUACAUGAGCAAGCUGAUCACGCAGGCGCCGGAGGUGUUUUUGAUCGUGACGGUGCUGUGGAUGCAGGUCAUCCGUGCCGACCCCGCCGAGGGCUGCACCGAGAUGCAGAAGAGCCAGUGUGAGAAGUACUUCACCAGUCUGCUGAAGCUGGACGAGGCGACGACGACGAUUGAGUACGUCGACUACGGCCAAGUCGUGAGCUACGCCCGGUCUGACUCCCCGUACAGCAGCAACGCAAACAUUGUGAGUGCAGCCCCCAACCCCGCACCACGGCAGAGGAGAACGGAGCUGGGUCUGCGGACGGCCGCCAUGACCAACUCGGCCAGUCUCGACGCCGUGUCCGACGCUGAGCAGCAGCAACCGCUGCAGCCCCUUCGUUCCUCUCGCGUAGAGCCGUCGCAGCCGCUGCAGCCCGCCCAGGUGUCCGUCACUGCCGCCCCGAAGCUGAGCAGCGUCGCUAGCCACCUCAUCAACCCCGGCCACACGGUGUACUUUCUGAUGAAGGACGUGCACCUGUCGCGGUGCAAGAGCAUCUCCUGCUACGUCCUCUGCCAGUUCCUGCAGCGCGGGGAGCGGCAGUGCAUCUUGUCGUGGAACAACCGCCUCCUCAACGCCGCGUUUCCGUGCCUCUCCUCGCCGCACACGGAGCUGCGGUCGUGGGCGUGUUUGGUGCUGUCCCGCCUGUUUCUCGGGCUGCGGCACGCGAAGAGCUACGCGUCGAAGGAGUGCGCGUCGCGGGUGGACUUGUUUACCCGGCUUCUGCAAGAUCGAUCGCCGGUGGUGCGCAGCUCGUGCGUGACGCUGCUCGCCAGCAUCGUUGGUGUGCGUGUGGAUUUGCUCCCGGAGGACCAGCAGGUGCGUCGCCUGCAAAUGGAAAAGUCGCUUUUGAUCAAGCUGCGCGAGUACGUCUUCGACGCCAGCGUGAACGUGCGCGAGGAGCUGAUAUUCUUCUGCUGCCAAGUCCUGUACGCCUACCGCGGCGUCCUCUCGUCGGCGCACCGGGAGAAGAUCUCCGAGUACGUCUUGGCGGUCGGCCAGCACGGCGGCCGCUGGGCCCUGGAGGAGCCGGAGGUGGUCGUAAAGUCGCAGCUGAACGCGGCCCGACCCACCGUGAACUCGAUGUUCGACGACACCGUCGUCUUCGACACGUCCUUCCUGACCACCGAUGACCCAAUGCCGCCAACGCGCGAGGUGGAGGCCGACAAACUUCUUCCCGCGGCCCUGCCGAUGAUGGAGGGCCUCUUGCACGACGCCGCGCUGCUCCUCUGCACCCUCUACGCAAACUGCGACGGAGCGCUUGUUAAUACGGCGCUGCGGGCCCUCGCCACCGGCGCGGCGCCGCAAUCGCAGCGGUUCGCCUCCGAGGCGCUGCGCACCAUGUCACGCGUGGCCUCGGUGGAAUCGGCCGACUACUGGUCCGAGGCGGACCGCACCCGGGCCACCUGGAACGCGGAUAUGAUGAAGCAGCUCGUGCUGGACAUGCGGGACCGCAAGCUGGAACCGCACCGCCGCUAUGCCUCUCCCCACGGCAGUCCGCUGCCGACGGCGCACCCCACGGAGCGGGAAAGCGACUCGGCAAGCGGCCUCCGCAACGGCACCGCUGUGCAGCCGUACAACGCCAAUUUCAGCAGCAGCGGCGGUAAUAGCAACGCGUUGACGAGCUCUGGUGGGCAUUGGGACCCGUCCAGCAGUAGCAGCGCUGGGGCCGCCGCGGCCUUCUCCCUCUCUACCCACAACGCAGAGGCGGAGCGUCAUAUAGUGCUGCGCAGCGCGCUGCGUCCCGACACCGUCGUCUGCAUGGCGUUUCGCGCGCUGGAGGCGUCGAUGGUGGUGGCCACAAAGAACCAACGCCUCUCCUACAUCUCCUACGACAACUACAACUCCCAGCAAAUCCUGCACAGCUUCCCGGUGCAGCUGUCGGGGCCGCUGCACGAGCUCCACAUCAUCAACGACCUCUCUGAGCAGUCGGGUCUGCUGCUGGUGGACAAGCGGGGCGGCUUCAGUCUGAUGAAGGGCUGCUGGGACCCGAACACCGUCCCGACGGAGGCGGCCGUCUUCUCCGCCUGUCCGCCCCCACCGCCGAACCGGUGGCUCGACCUCAAAUCCACCUACCGCAGCAGCGCAGCGCAGUUGUUCUACGGCGGCCCGAUCGGCCCGGACGGCGGCACGGCGAUCCACAUCGUCUCCCUCGCGGAGGAGCAGGUUGUGCAGCGCUUAAACGUCUCCGGCAACCCGACCAUGACCUCGCUGGAGACGCACACGACGCAGCGGGCGCUGCUCGCCGGCUUCUCAGACGGCGUCGUGCGCUACUACGAUGAUCGGCAGCGUCAGGGGCAGAUGGGCGCCGUUGGGAUGGUGAACUGCCGCCUCCCUGGCACUCCGUUGACGGCGCUGAUGGAGGCGGUGGUGGGGGCGGGCCCUGUCGCGACGAACACAGGCUUUUCCAUUGUCGCCGCCACGCGCAGUACCUUUUUCGUGUUCGACGCACGCAAGUUGAGCGAGCCGCAGCUUUACGUUAGCAAUCAGGACUUGUACUACGGCUUCGGCUACAACCCGCAAGGGGGUGGCAACAGCAGCAGUAGCAGCGCGAACACGAUCACCGUCGCAGGAUCUGGAGGAGCUGGUGGGGCUGCCUCUGCGUCUCGAGCGUCUUCCGCGGCAGCCCCAGUGCACGGAGCUGCAACACCGGCUGUGGCACCGCGCAUUACGCGCUGCUCGGUUGGCGUGCACACGGGACUGGUUGGCCUUUCCUUCCAAAACAACACGUACGCUGCGUUCAAUACAAAAGGACUCAUCUUGAAUGACCAUCCGCUGUCUGUGUCGGAAGGUAUGGAAGGGCAGCUGACACCGCAUCAACAGCAGCAGACGCGGUCUGCUACGCAGCCUAUCUUGCCUGGCAGCUGUGUCGCCCAUCCGCUGCGUCCGCUCAUGACAUUCGGGGGUGACUUGAUGUUUCUGCAGCUUUAA